ACUGCUCUAAGCUUUAUUUUCUCUCAGAAUUUGAGUUUGUAUAGAGAAAUGGCGACUGACCAUGAAUCAGUACAAACUCCAAUAUUACCUGAAUCAACAGGUGGUUUAGAGCUUCUCUUACGAGCAAAAGACCGACUAAGAUCUGAUCUAGCAACUACAAGGCCUUGGAAAGAAAUGAUACCACAAGAAGGUUUCAACAUUCCACCUACUUUUAAUGAUUUGGUUUCACGAAUCAAAAUCAAUCUAGCUUACUUUCGUAUGAACUAUACCAUUCUCGUCUUACUAAGUCUUUUUCUAAGUUUGCUCCGGCAUCCAGUUUCGUUACUAGUCUUUGUUUUGAUGAUGUCUUUAUGGUCGUUCUUCUAUUUCUUGCGCGACGAACAGUUGGUGAUUCUUCACCGGAAUAUUGACGAUCGUGUGGUUUUAGUUGUGCUGUCUGUUUUUACUAUCUUAGUUUUGUUGUUAACCCAUGUUACACUUAACAUUCUUAUUUCGGUUUCUCUUAGUGUUGUUUUUAUUUUGAUUCAUGCUGGUUUAAGGAAGAAUGAAGAUUUGUUUGUUCUUAACGACAACAACGAAGAAGAAGACUAAGAGCAACUUCCUUUGGCUCCAGCUUCUUCACUUUCGUCAUGAUCCAGUUCCGGAAUGUACGAGAUUCGAAUUCCACUCGGUCGUAUAAACCUACAUGGACUUUACCACUAUGCUACGAUGCCAUGUAAAACCAAGUACAGUAAUGUUAACGUUUUCAAAGUUUUCUUCUUAAUGGGAAAGCUUGAAUGUUAUUGAAGUUCUUGUUAACUCUGAAUUAAAGCUUGUUGUGUUGUAAUUCUUUUUUACUUUGCUUAAUAUAAUGGAAAGCUAAAUUUCUUUUUGAUUCAA